UGCUCUGUCGCUGCCACAGCACUGAUUCGCUUUCGUCGUGGCAUCGUUUUGCACUGCUGCGACAACUGUCCGAAAGCGCCGCGGACAGCAAAAGCAAAACCGCACGCGUGCGACCCAAUAGUGUUGGUGCUCUCAGAGUGCUCAAUUGAACAAGCUCGCGAAGGCAUCGAACGGUGCAAACAAACGCGUUGCAGAGCCUCUGUGGAGCCCUGGCCUCGUGCCCCGUGAAUCUCAGGAGCAAUAACAAAAAUGCAGCCCCCAACCUCGCUCCUCGCGGCCUCGCGCGCGAGGCAGGGCUACGGCAUCGUGCACGCCGCGCCCCAGCCCACAGAAUCACUCGACAGCAAGAUUUUAAGUAUUGCGGCACCUUCAUUACUCGCACUAGCUUUGGACCCCGUCCUCGCGGCGGUGGACGUCGCCUUCGUCGGUAGGUGCGGCGAAAACAGCGGCGCCGUCCCGCUCGCGGCCGUCGCCGCCUCGACGGGCUUUUUUGGAUUUGUUUUUAGUGCCACGAACUGCUUCGCCUCAGCGGGAACGCCCCUCGUGGCCAAGGCUGAAGUAGACGACGGCGAGGCCGCCGCUUUACGGUUGGGUGGCGCCAUCGUCAAGGCCGCCGCUUUAACGGGCGUGCUGCUCUGCCUCUUCUCCGAAUUGAUAGCACCCCAGGCCAUGGCGCUCUUCGCUCCAUCAAACUUGAUCGACGAGUCGGUAGCGUUCACACGACUUAGAGGUAUCUCGGCGCCGGCCGUCGUGGGAGCUGCCGCUUUAAAUGGCGUGCUGCGCGGCGUCGGCGACCCGCGCGCUGCGUUAGAUGCUGCUGCUUUAGCUGCCCUGAUCAACGUUUGCCUAGAUGUUGUACUCGUGUGGCAAUUAGGACUGAACCCGAACGGCGCCGCGAUCGGCACGGCAUGUGCGGAGUGGGUCGCGUUGCUAUAUCUCGCUCUACGCUUCGCGAAGCGUUCAACUGGCGUCGAGGCCCUUCCUCUCGGAAAAGGAUUGGAGACGUUCGCUACCGCCGCUCUGGCGACGCUAGUCCGAACCCUAUGUCUGCAGGCUUUCUUGGCGGCAACGACGGCCUUCAUUUCCGUCACGAGUGCGGACCCGACGCUGUUGGCGGCGCAUCUGGUCCUGAAGCAGUUUUAUAUCAUUAUGAGCUUUGUCACGGACGCUCUAGCUAUCGCGGCGCAGCAGCUCGUGGCCGCGGCGCCGUCUACCCUUGAAGCGCGACAACGGGCGACGCGUUUACUAGGAUGGGGCUUCGUGACCGGUGUCGUCCUGGCGGCUUUAUUAUAUGUCAUCCCACCUUCCUUACUCACGGACGAUGCACGAGUCGCAGAAGAAGCGUCUAUUGAACUAUUGAGGAUCGUGGCCCCUUUACAACUCCUUUCGUCGUUGGUCUUUGUGGGCGACGGCAUCUUACAGGGCUCGCGCGACUUCAAGUUCGAGGCCUUUGCGGUCGCGCUGGCUUCCGUGGGAGGCGCCGCGGUGUUGAUCCUGGAACAGCGGCCGCCCGACGGCGCGCUGGCGACGGCGUGGGACGCCGUCGCCGUGCUGAACGCCCUGCGCUUUUUGACGUUCGCUGGGCGGUUUUAUCUGAGAGGACCUCUCCUUGAUUCGGACGAGGCUGACGCGGAGGCGCCGCCAGAGGUGAAGUAACUUAUUUGUCCGUG